AUGGCGAACCGGCAAAUCACACGGCGCAUCGCCAUCAGCGCUGCGAUCUCAAUAUGCCUCGUGUUCUUUCUCUUUAUCCGCCCGCAGGGCCCUCUGAGUCCCGCUGUCCGAGCCCCCGGACACAUUUCACACAACCUGGCGCCUGCAUCUGGGAUCACCAUCCAUGAAGACACACUGAAAGGGGGCGUUGUGAUGCCUAGGCUGGGCAAUGAGACGGUCAAAGCUGAGCUGGGCCGUGCAACAUGGAAGUACUUCCACACCGUCAUGGCACGAUUCCCCGAGAAGCCCACCCUCGACGAGCAGGAAGCCCUGCGCUCAUUUGUCCACCUUUUCGCGCGACUUUAUCCUUGCGGCGAAUGCGCGGAACAUUUCCAACAACAUCUAAGCAAGUACCCACCGCAAGUAUCAUCGCGCAAUGCGGCAGCAGGCUGGGCAUGCUUCGUCCACAACGAGGUCAAUGCAAUGCUCGACAAACCAGAAUUCGACUGCAAUGACCUCGGCUCCUUUUACGACUGCGGAUGCAACGACGAUGAAGAAAGUGGCGACGGCAAAAACAAGGAUGGGCGCUCGGCCACUCGUGCCGAUACGCCACAGGACGCGGCCGAUCUUCACGAUCACCUGGCAGUAGAAAUCUCCAAAGAAGCGACCACGCGUGGUUGA